GAUAUCACAACAAGCUUCCUCUCCCUCCCCCCGCUGUCUCUCUCUCGCUCUCUCACACACACAUCAUUUUUAGAGAGAGAGAGUCACAUAAAAUUCACCAGGUCCAUCUCAGAAGCUUUCAUUACAAGAGAACUCCCUUUUUCCUUUUUCCUCUUCAUAACCCACCAAAUACUUCUUUUCUUUUUUUCUAUUCUAGAGAGAGAAAGUAGAGAUUUCCACAAGAAGCUUUCAUCAUGGAGUUCAUGUAAUCAGCAACACAUACUUAUCCAGGGUUUUGAAAAGUGACUGACUGAACACUUCCUAAUUAUGGCUGGAAAGAUGAAUUCAAAAGUCCGGUUAGUGAGGUGCCCAAAAUGCCUGAAUGUUCUGCCAGAGCCGCCAGAUGUUCCGGUGUACACAUGUGGAGGCUGCGGUGCAAGACUUCAAGCAAAGAAGCGGAAUAAAAGUACCGUCAACACCACAUCACAAAGGCCGGAUGAGGGUUCUUCGGGAAAACAGAAAGUGGACAGCGUUUUUAUUGAUCAAGACGCUAGCAGCAGCUCGAAUCAACAAUCUCUGAUUAGUUCUAUCGAUGAGUCGGUUCAAAAUAGUGAUCAUAAUGGCUCAAUGAAAGAUCAAGAUGCAGCUAAUACAGCUGAAAAUGGUACAUCAAUACAGCUGAAAAUGGUAAGUUCGAGCGAUGAGCCGGAUCAAAAUAUUCAUAAUGAUCCUCGUAGCUCGACUGAGUUUUCGGGUCAUGAAGAUCCACAGUCGUCGCCUGAAGCCACAUCUCAUAAGGGAAUAGAUCAAGAACAAGAACAAGAACAAAGUCAAAGUGAUUAUCGAGAUUCAGGUGUUGGACUCGAGCAUUCGUCAGCCAAACAGAAAACCGAGCAACUUUCUGCCGAUAAUAAUGAUUGUAAUGUAAACCGUAGCUCGUCUGAGCUUUCUUGUCAUGAGAAACCAGAGUCAUCACCUGAAGCCGCAGCUCAUAGCAGAAUAGAUCAACAACAAGAACAAGAACAAAAUCAAAGUCGUUAUCAAGAUUCAGGUAAGCAGCAAGAAAACGUGACAGUUGCUGGACUCGAGCAUUCCUCUGGCAAACAGAAAACCGAGCAGCUUUCUGAUGAGAAUGAACUCCGUAACAGAUUUGCACACCUAUUGUUGGUUAAUCCAAGGAAUGAGCUAUACCGAAGCAAUGAUCGUAAUGAAGGUCGUAGCUCAUCUGAGCUUUCAUAUCAUGACGACCCGGUGUCAUCGCCAGAAGCCACAGCUCAUAACAGGGUUAAACAACAAGAGACUGAAUUCGUAAGCUGUAGAAAGGAGACUGGCGUUGAAAAGAACGGUAGUGAAUUUGAAGAAACUAUCGCUGAUAUGAGGAUCAUUAGUGGUUCUGAUAGUGGCUCGAAGUCGAGCUUUAGGAGCGUGAUUGCCGAGAAAAGACAGAAAAAAGCUGUGUGUCUGGAUGAAGAUGACUUAUUAUCGGAAGAUGGAAGUACCGAUUUGCGUCAUCGGCGAAGAUUCGGUCGUAUCAGCUCGGCAGAGUCUAUGGAAACCGCACGAUUGGGUGGCACAAGUUACUACGGGUACGAGGGUAGUGUAUCUUCGUUUGACGGAAACGAUGAUCAAAUCCCUAGAAAAAACCGUAUUGGUUCAAUUAGGGAUGAAAUCGAUUCAGGAAACAGGUCUCGUGUCAAUUGGCGUAAUGAUCGUCCUUUGAACGGUCGUGUCGGUAAAUAUGAGCACCGGUCGACGGAUGUUCGAUCAUUUUAUGGUUUGAACGAGUUCCAUGAGAACCCAAGGCAUCGUCCAUCUAUGAUCCCCGAAAAUCCUCAAAUGGAGAGAACGGAGCUGUUGAAACUGGUUCGAGAACUACAGGACCAGCUCGAAAGAACAAACAUUUCGAAUCCUCAACAAGUUCCUUCAUACUAUAAUCACAUUUUGAACAAUCCGGGAAGAUACGGCCAACGAAUGGCGUUUUCCGGCGAAGCAACGGCGGUGAACAGACGACGAGACGGCAGCUCUUGCCACCACUGUUGUCCACAAGACCGCCAUUUCUCAGCUCAGCUUCCCAGCCAUCAUGUUUGCUGUCACGGGCCUAAUUACGGGCCCAGUAGUUACCGCAGUCCACGUUUUUCAGGCCCGUCGAGCCCUAAACACAUCCAUUCGGAGUCCGACUUCUCUGCACCCGAUGAUCACUGGCAACAGAAUGAUGUCAGGAAACCCUUUCGUUCUCCGAAAAAGAAGCAAUAUGUCCGGCCAAUUGCAGGUGGGUCGCCAUGGAUCACUUGUUACCGGUGCUUCAAGAUUCUACAGCUGCCUCAAAGCUUUCUUCUUUUCGACAAACGGUACAAUAGUUUAAAAUGUGGUGCUUGUAUGAAGGUACUCAACUUUACACUUUCGGAUGGAACUCAUGUUAGUCGGUACAACCCGGACGAAACGAUUGCUGCUCCUCCUAGCAGCGAGGCAGGAGACUAUGAUAAACUGGCCGGGUCAUGGGCCGGGCCAGUCUCAUGUUCAGAUCGUUCGUUUGAGAAGAGUUACUCUACCGAAACAGAUAGAAAUGGUUCUCGGAGUCGCGAGUUCAGUGAGGAUAGAAGAAAGGCAAGCAUGUCAAGGGAUCCAUCAGGUUCAACCCGGCCACCUUCUUCAAGGUUUUCGGGCCAGAGAUUGACUACAUCGAAAAUAGAGGAAGUUGGGCCCGGUCCUGGGCCCAGCGAUUCUCCAGGUUCAAGCCGGCCACCUUCUUCAAGGAACUCGGGCCGGAGAACGACUACUUCAGAAAUCGAGGAGGUGGGGCCCGGGCACAACGGUUCUCCGCUGCAUUGGCUCAUGGGAUAUGCUUCGCCGAGUAAGGUGAUCCGGGGUUUAUAGGAUCUGGACAUGGAGGGAAAUUUUGAAGCAGUUAUUUAAAUUUUAUAGUGUACAGUAGCAUAUAUUUAUUUGCUUCAUAUGAUUUUGUAUUCUUGUUGGGUAUUUUUCAUUUUUUUUUUCUUCAUAUGAUAUAGUGUGGGGUUUUUUAGAUUCAAAAAAGUCGUUUGGAAAACUCCUUAAAAUAACACCUGUUUGUUUAUCAAUAGAUAUAUCUUGCUAGAUA